CAGAUAUCAGUUAAUUAUGAUAGAAGCAUAAUUAGAUUUGAUUAAUCAUGUAUACAGUUAUUAUCGACUAAAAAUAUGGCCUCAUUUCAGGCAGCAUCAGUUUAUUGUGUUUCUGAUUUGGAAUUACCUACAUACGUUCCGCAAAAUCACACUAACUACAGACAAAUAUUUUCUAUUGUAUGUCUAACUGCCGCAGGAUUAGGAUUUACGGGUUCGAUUGUACAGUUAAUAACAUGGAUUAUCAGUUCACGACGUUUAGAAGAUGGGGAAGAGAGAAGAUCCUUGGUCAAUCCCACUAUAGUUAUCAGUUUAGCUAUUGCUAAUAUUAUAUCAUCCGUAGGAGUUGUACUUCGAUCAAUGGCCUUACUCUCAACCAAGCCACCAAAAGAAUAUUGUGCUUUAACAGAAAGUUUCAACAUGUCUUCAAUUUGUGAGCAUGAUGUGGAACUGAGUCCGUCAGUUUGUCAGAAAACAAUGAUAAUUGGUAAUGUUCUAGAGGGACUAACCGAUUACAGUUUUAUUGUUGGUGCUCUUUUGACACUGUCAUACUCCGCUGAUGUUCUCCAUAGACAGCGUGGUGCUAUUGUUGAAUCUCAAGUAUUUAAAAACAGGCCUACGUCUUUGAACAUGAUUUUGUGUUGGAUCCUGCCAUUUCUAUUUAUUGCUGGAAGCACUGUGGCUGUUUAUUAUAAAACAGACUUUCCUCAGAGGUGUCCACAUGAUUCCAGAAUACACAUCAGAUAUCUUAUUGUAUACCUUCCAAUAACCUUGGUAAUGAUCAUCAACCCAAUUCUGUUGUUUAAAGCUAGAUCUUUGGUCAAGAAGAGUAUAACAAGGCGGACAGCAACAUUUUCCUCUCGAGAGCGGAAUAUUAUUAGAAAAAUGACCAUUCGAUUUAUUUUCAUAGUUUUAUUAUAUAUUAUUUGUUGGAUUCCUAAUAUUGCUGAAAGUUGUACACAAGUUAUUCUCUAUUAUUAUGGUACAGAUUCACCAUCCAUACAGACAUACCAAUGGCUCUUUCCCUUGCUCAUCACAGAGGCUAUAAUGAACCCGUUACAAGGAUUUUACAACUGUUUUCUCUAUGGUUUACCAGGAUUUCGACCAUCACGAUGUUUUGCAAAGUCCGAGGAUAUAACAAGCUCAUCUAUGGAAGAAAGUCAAAGUUUAUUAUCAAAUAAGACAGGGUCUUUACAACGACACUGUGUAAUUCGACGUAUUCUUCGAUGACGACGCGUCGUCAGUUUUUAGAAGUGAUGACCACCUCAUCCUUGCAAAGCCCGGAUAAUUUUAUUCCUCUUUAUAUAUCACAAGUGUUCUUUAUUAUCAUAAACUGUUAUUUUUUGGCAUAGUUUCUAGGAACUGAAAAACUUGAAAAAUGUUCGGAUUAAAAAAUUGCCUGUUCAAAGACUUAUUCAUCUGAAAAUAGAGAAACAACAGCGAAUUUAAGAGUUUUUUGCCUUUAAGAUAAUGAUAUAAAGUUGAAGUAUCUGUCAUUUCAGAAAUAUUCAAAAUAAAUUUUCAACUCAU